CACGAGUACAACUCAUCCGGAGGUCCCAGGCACCUUCUGUCUUUCCUUUCCACACUUUUAAUUCCUGGUUGUCUUGCUUGUUGGAUUUCAAUCUCACAAAACGUCGAUUGCUUCUUCCAAAGUAAACAGAAAUUAAGCAAAGAUGGAGCCUCCGUCAGAGGACAAGCGAUGGGCUUCCAAAUACCUUUUGGACCCUUUAACAGCCCCAGAACCAAGUCAAGAAACGGGUCCUGGAAGCCAUUUCAACCGACCAUCAUCCACUUCCAAAGGGCCAGCAGUUGCAAGCACUUCAAAGACUCCUUCCGUAUCUGCCUAUCCAACACCGCCGACUUCUGCAAGCCCCACCAAAUCUUCGUUCCAUCCGUCCAAUCCAUACUCAUCGUCCUCAUCUUCCGCUCACAGACAGGCAGCUUUUGGAGCAUACCCUAACGCCGGACCCAGCCGGAAAAGCAUUGACGAGCCGACUGGAAACGAUAUUGGACGAAGGAGGGGCAGUUCUUUGGGGGAACGAUUUCCAGGCGACAUGUCUCACCGACCCCUUGAUCAGCUACGCAAAGAAGCCAAAGCGGCCAACCGUGCUCCCCAUUUGAAGAAGAAACAUCUACCAGGAGCUGAUGUGAUCGAUGUACUGGACAAAUCUGUACUUGGAGGAGCUUAUCACCACGAAGGGCCAUAUGAUGCAACGCUCUUGGCACGAAACACAAGCUACCAAAGCUCGCCAGUAGAAGCUACGAGGGGAACAAACGCUGAAGCUAUCAGAGCAACACCGAGAGAAAACAUCAAAGAUUCGCUGGACAAGCAUGUACCAUUGCAAGGAACAGCUAUCAUUCCGCCCGGAAUGGAGGGUUAUGAUGGUAGGCCAAUGACUUACGAGGAAGGAGCUGAUUUGAUGAGAGAGCUGGAUGCACCGGGUGGUGCCUACAAGAGAUGGGCAGGCAUUAAAUAUCUGCCAGGAGACUAUAAAGGAAAAGGAGAGCCCUCGUACUCAAUCGAGAAAUCCUUGAAAGAUCAGAAGAGCGAUCACCGGCGAAUUCUUUCCGAUGGUAAUUCCUACGAAAUGCAACCACAAAAUGGAUCCUCAGCUUCUCGCCAACGAAGUGCCAGCGGAAGCCACCCAGGGAACGCCCUGAACUACUCGGAGUUCGAGGGCCAAGUGCGAAGAAGCAACACGACGGGGCGACGAGUAGGUGAAGGGCUGAAGAGAAGGUUUGGGAGUUUGAGGAGGAGCAAGAAGACUUCGGAAGUGAACGUUUGAGGACAGUGGUCUGUGAAACGAUGACCUUACCGCACGGACGUCGACGACAGCGACGAUUUCCAAACUCAAUAAUAUCAACUUGUACAUUAUUUGGCUUGGGAAAUAGUAAGGUAACUGUAAUUAACGACAAGUCAACUACAUCUAAAUAUAGAAUGGGGUAUUUGGGCAUCAAAGCGCCAGAAUGCUGCGAUUGCACACCUAUAUUUUCCUUCUCCAUUCCAAAGUUCAAUGUCGUUUUCCAGCUCAGUUGCCUCUCCCAAACCUCAAUGCCAGUUCAUAU